CCAAGUUACAUCAUUAGUACUACACAAAACCCACUUAUGUAAACUAUAAUAUUAGACCUUAACAACAGGAGCUCUUGUUGCUAUUGGUAAUCCUGUUCAUUGAUAGAGGAUAUAAGAAACUGGGAGAAUGGAGCUGCUUGAAAAUAUAAAUCCUAAACUGUAUAGAAAAUGCGAAGAACGAGAAAUUACUCCAGACGAAGAAGAUGACAGUGUUGUGGAUCCGUUUGAUUCCAGAGAAGUUUUCGAUCUGAUAAGAAGUAUUAAUGAUCCUGAGCACCCGUUAACAUUAGAAGAACUGAAUGUUGUGGAACAAAGUCUUAUUGAGGUGGACAACGCGAACAACGAAGUAAAUGUCAAAUUUACCCCAACAAUUCCACACUGCAGCAUGGCUACGCUGAUUGGCCUGUCAAUCCGGGUGCAACUGCUGAGAUCGCUUCCUUCGAGAUUCAAAGUUAGCGUAGCGAUUACUCCUGGGACCCAUAACUCCGAAGAUGCGGUGAAUAAGCAGCUUGCAGACAAAGAGCGUGUUGCAGCCGCAACUGAAAAUUCUCACCUCAUUGAAGUUAUAAAUCAAUGCAUUUCUAAUCACUGAUAUGUAGAUUAUGUAUUUGUUUAUGUACAACUACGUAAGAAUUAGAUACAGUACCACCAUUUACAAUCAUUUCUUGUUCGGACGACAUACAUUCUGUUUAAGGAUAUUAGAAAAGCUAUAUAAUACUGUCAUAUGCUCCAGCAGCUACAACAGCACAUGGUAACGGACUGUACAUAUGCCUAUCUGUCACUCUUCUUGGCAGCGAUUGCAUCUUUGCCAGUGCUGUUUAUGCUUCUUGGUUGGGUUGGGUCAUAUUUGUACGUCUUUUGAAUCGGGCCUCUUCCCGCUCUUUGGAACUGUAAUUCGUCAUAUCUGUGCCUGUCUUCCAGUUCCUUUGUAAUUUUCAUAUUGGUCCAAGCUAAAAGAAUAUAUAUAUAUUAAAUAUAUUUCACAUAAUCAAAACCACACAAGGUGAAAGUGUAAAUAGUUAACAGCUGAGAAAGCAAGAAACACUUAUCAGGGGAAAAAAGGAACCUUGAUCAGAGGUGCACAACUCAAAUACGGACCUGGGUCAGAAUUUAGGCAGUUUAAUCCAUGAAAACUUGAUUCUGUAUUAAAUAAUAAAACUCAGUCAGUCCACUGUUUCAUGAACCCACUGUUAACAGUUCAUCUAUAUCAGGGUUCGUCAACCUGAUCCCUACUGCCCACUAGUGGGCGAUUCGAGCUUUCAUGGUAGGCGGUGGGGUUUUUUGUCCGUUGUUAAAAAUUUCGUUCUUCCUCCAUAUAUCGAAUACUUUGCCAACAACGUCUCGAGUUUGACUUUUUAAAAUAUGCUUUUGCAAUUUACUUUUGAAUUCAAUCUCUAAAAUUUGGAUAUAGAUAAUAAUUCACCGGACACUUCUCGAAGUAUACUCGUGGACGAGGGAGCAACGAAUGAGCUCCGUAGCCAAAGGCACGAGUUUAGUGCGCAUAACGAGGGCGGGGCUUACCGCCGGCCAUCACUCAGUCUUCGAGCUGUACGUCUAUCAUGGUGGUGGGCAGUACGAGCCACACGGGUGGGCGGUAGGGAAAUUUUACCAUCAACAAAGACACAAAAGUGGGCGGUAGGUAUAAAAAGGUUGACGACCCCUGAUCUAUAUAGUUUGCUUCUAAUCAUAAUUCAUUAUUGUUAUAUAACAGGAAUUCUCAAUCCACAGGCCACUUGUUUCCAUAUACAUUUUUAAAUAUUGUAUCACUAUAAUUAAGAGUUGCUGUUGAAAUUAAAUACUUAAUUUCAAGCAAACGAGUAAUAAAUAAAAAAUCAAUAGAUUUGUUGAAGAAAAUUAGUGAAUAGUAUGUGAAGGUGUUUGCAUUAUCAAUAAAUUUUCAUUUAGAACCUGUA